AUGUCCUUCUCGCCUACUUUCGGCUCAUUUGGAGAUUUUGUCUCUCUCAGCAUCAUCAUCAAAGAGUUUGUCGUUGCGCUCGAUGACGCACGCGGCUCAACAUCAGAAUACAGAGCUCUAGUGAAGGAUUUGAAUGUACUAGACCAUACAUUACUACAAAUUUACCAAGUUUGUCAAGUGAAUCUCGGAGUUCCAGAACUACAGCAAUGUAAAGACGCUGCGUUCACCUCGGUCGAAGCUUGUCGAUGGGAAAUUGAUGCAUUCAAGCAACACGUCCAAAAGUACGACGAGAGUCUCGGAAAGGACUCUGGAAGUUCUCUGCGAACGUCUGUUGCAAAGAUACAAUGGAGGUUGCAAGGCAAGGAGUUGGAGAAAUUCCGUGUGAAAACCGCAAAUCAUCGAAGCAAUAUGGAUGUAAUUCUUAGUACUGCCAGCAUAAAGCUUGCACAUUUGAACGAACAGAAAAGGCAAUCAGACAAUACCACAUGGACACAAACACUUUCCAGCUACGUCAGCGAAGCUGCGAAUCUGAGCAAAGAGGUACUGAGUCUCUCCCGCCGGGUUAUCUUCCAGAAUCUGUUGAUAUACAGAGAAGUCAUGGCCAUUAGAUCAACCCAGUUGGCAAGUAUAGAGCGGCCUCUUCCAGAAGAAUUCUUCAUGCUUGAGGACGCGGUUGGUCGGGUAGUCCCGAUCCAUUUGCGCACUAUAGACUCCUGGGAAGCCUUCAAUACACUGCUCAUUGUUCGGUUCAAAGACAGGAGAGGAGCGAAGCGUGUUGCAGCCCAAAGAUAUACGCUGCAAGAACAAGAGAGUGGCAGGUUGAUCCGCCGAGACAUACCUUGGAGCAUGGCCGUUCGCCCCAGACUGACCAUCUAUAUGAGUAUCAUUUGCAAGGAGAGCAUGACUCCCAACACAGCUCUAUCGAGUUGCCCUAAUUGUCAUACGGUACCCGCGUCAUCAUUGAAAUCCAGUGUACGGUGGUGGGUACCUGGACAGAAGCUCGUCGUCAGUCUUGCACUAAUGCGCAACAGCUCUGGAUGCGGCACUAUGUAUCAACGAACAAGUGAGCUCAACGAUGAUGAAACGAGCAGAUCCGCGCUAGCAAAGAGGAUGCCAAAGCCAGUAUCCGGGGAUUCCGCUAAUCUCGCCUGGGACUUGAAUGAAACAAACGAUUCAGACGAGGAGGACACUUCUCUCUUCACGAAUAUUCAACUUGUGGCAAGAAAGCGACAUGCAACUGUGGGACUUGGGAAGUUGGCAGAUGAGAAGCGCUUUGUCUGCGAGUUUUGCUCGAAGUCGUUCAGCAAAGCUAUAGAGCUAAGGUAA